CCCCCCCUCCGCCAAUCCGACGCGUCACGUCCAUCCCAUCUAUUCUUCAUCCAUCGCUCAUCGAGUCGGGUUCAUCUCAUCUCAUCUUUUUUCACUUCUUUCGUCUAUCUAUCUUGACAAUAUGACUGGACGCGGCAAAGGAGGCAAGGGUCUCGGCAAAGGCGGAGCCAAACGUCACCGCAAGAUCCUCCGCGACAACAUCCAGGGCAUCACCAAGCCUGCCAUCCGGCGUCUGGCGCGCCGUGGCGGUGUCAAGCGUAUCUCGGCCAUGAUCUACGAGGAGACCCGCGGUGUGCUCAAGUCCUUCCUGGAGAGCGUCAUCCGCGACGCGGUCACCUACACCGAACACGCCAAGCGCAAGACCGUCACCUCCCUCGACGUCGUGUAUGCCCUUAAGCGCCAGGGCCGUACCCUCUACGGUUUCGGUGGUUAGAUUCAUGUUUUCUUCUCCUCAUCGAACUGGUCUACAUACAAGCUUGGACAGGAUAUUAGGCUUGGCUUUUUUUCUUUUGAGGGGUUUUUUUUUAUCUUCUACGCUGGAUCGUUAUGCUUCAUGGUUGGGACGGAUGGUGUUAGGC